AUGGCCAUGCCAACUAGUUCUGUGUUUGCUGAGAUGAUUUAUGAAGAUGAAAAUGAUACAAGUGGAAUGCAGAAGGUCAUGACUAAGCUGCAUGACUAUGCUCCAUGCAAUGACAGUACAAAUCCAACAGAGUUUGUAGAGCAAGGUGUUGUUGGGGACCAGCUUACUGUUGAACGUGGUGUUAGUUGCCUUUUGCAGCUUGCAAAUGGUUUCACACAAAAGGAAAGACUUGAUGGGUUGCACCUUGAAGUUGCUGACUUCCAUGCUGGGAUGAAAUUUUUACAGGUUGCAUUUGACCAUAUAUAUUCUCCAAAGUCAAGCUCAGACAAAUGUACCAUGUUUGCAGACAAAGUGUUUAUCAACAGACGCAAUGUCAGAACUGAUGUAAGCCAGAAGGUAGAAGGUUGCAAACAGUUCUUCAAUUUGGAAGUCACUGCACGUGUUCUUACUGCUUAUUGCAAGAUACUUGGAAUCAAGGAUGUUGAUGAUGAAUCUGAUCAAAAUACAGUUCUUGAUAAUGUAUCAAUGAUGAGCAUCAAAGAAAAGAAAGAGUUGUUAGACAGCCUGUCAGCCAAAGUUGUAGAUAAUUUCAUCAUCAGAAAGAAGCGCAAUGCAAGCAUUGUUAAUCAACAAAUAUAUGAAGACUGGUUACUGGCAAAAAAUGUGAAAGAUGAUGAUGGAAUGUAUCUAUGCAGACAACAUGGCUGCUUACAAACCUUCAAAUUUGAUGGGAAAACAAGAAUUGAAGACGAAAAGAUGCAUGGACUCCACAAAGAAGCUCCUAAUACAUCUGUCAUUGUUAAGGAUGAUUCAAUUAUCAAUGUGCCUUGCUCGAUAUUGGCAUGGUGA